AUGGGCGAGGAAGAGUUGCUGGGGGACAUCGUCGGGGCCCAGCCCUUCCCGGGCGCAGACGUCAUCGACGGGGAGGCCCAGACGGAGCACUUUGCGCCGAUCAUCGCCUUUGACGCCCACGACGUCGCCGUCCAGACCUCUGGCGAGGUGAUCUUCUCGUCCUUCGUGGGCGACACUACCCAGGAGGCUUUGGCGGCUGCCAUCCGUGCCCUGUCACGUGAUGAUCGUCGUCGUCUCGUCGGGGCGCUUAGGCUGGCUGAGGAGCAGCCCUUGGUCGAUGUGGCUCCGACUGGAGGGGCGGGGGACCCCUCUUCAUCGUCGGUGCCUACGCUGGACCUCCUCGACUUCACGCCUGUGACGACGCCG